AUGUCGAACCCAUUGGUCGACAUGGAGAAGCCGGAUGUGAUUUUCUGUAUCGGAACAAAUAUGACCGAAUGCCACCCCGUUGCAGCGACACGCCUCAAAAAGGCAAUCGCAAGGGGAGCGAAAUUAAUUGUCGCCGACCCGCGGCGCAUCGGUCUCGCAGAGAUGUCGGAUCUCUACCUACCACUCCGUGUCGGCUCGGAUGUAGCACUCCUGCUCGGCAUGGCGCAUGUCAUCGCCCGUGAGGGGCUUAUCGAUCGAGAUUUCAUCGAGAGUCGGACGACAGACAGCGACGCCUUCCUCGAACACCUCGUCGAAUUUACGCCGACAUGGGCAGGAGGAGAUUUCAGGGGUGCCUGCGAAGGAUAUCGAGACCGCCGCAAAAUGAGCCUCUGCAACCUCGUGCUAAUGACCGGCAACAUCGGUCGCGAAGGCACCGGCAUCAACCCGAUGCGCGGUCAGAACAACAUUCAGGGCGCAGGGGAUAGCGGCGCGCUCCCGAACAACUAUCCCGGCUUCCAACCCGUUAUAGAUCCCGCAAACCAAGCCAAGUUCAAGGAAAUCUACGGCAGAGAGAUUGACCUUGACAAGGGGAUUACCAAAGUCACCGCGCUCGACCUCUGCGGCGAGGAGAUCCGCGCCAUGCUGAUUGACGGCGAGAAUACGCUACUCUCCGAUCCCGACCGUGUGCAUUGCGAACACGCCUUGAGGAGUCUUGAUCACCUCGUCGUCAUCGACAUCUUCUUGACCGACACCGCGGACUUGCGGAUGUCGUCCUGCCCGCGACCGCCUUCGGUGAAACAGACGGCGUUUGCUCGAACACAGAACGUCGCGUCCAGCGUCUGCGUGCAGCCGUGCCGCCGCCGGGUCAGGCACAACCUGACUGGUGGAUCAUCAGCCAACUCGCCAAACGGCUCGGCUUUACGGGUUUCGACUUUGGCGAACCGAAAGAGGUCUUCAACGAAUUGUGCAGUGUCUCACCGAUCUACGCAGGGCUCGAUUGGGAGCGUAUUGAGAACAGCGAGUACCAGUGGCCCGUGCCUGACAAAAUCACCCCGGCACCCCACGAUUGCACGAAGAGGAGUUUGUGAACGGGCGGGGUAUCUUCUCAAUCGUGCGUUACCGCGAUCCAGCGGAGACCAUCAGCGACGACUUCCCUGUUUGGCUGACAACCGGAGCGCACGGCUCCAAUCUUACCACACACGCACACAAACUGGUCGGGCGCAGGGCAUCGACUACCUACUGUCCGAAGAGGCACUUGAGGUGAAUCCCGCUGAUGUUGAGGGAUUGGGACUCAGGGAUGGCGGGUGGUGCGAGUUGUCAAGCGUACGCGGUGCUGUGAAGGUCAAGGUGAAAUCCACCAACCGCUCACCGCGUGGAACCGUCUUCGCCAGCUUCAGCUUCAGCGAUGUGCCUGUGAAUAUCCUCACCGGCUCCGGCUACGACCCGAUAACGGAGACAGCGGAGACUCAAGGUGUGUCCGGUCCGUGUUGA